CGCGGCGGCGACGGCGGCGGUGGGAAGAUGGCGGAGUCCGGCGGCGGGGGCGGCGGCGGCGGCGGCGGCGGCGGGGUCCCGGGCCAGGAGCGCCCGAGCAGCAUGGCCGAUAAGCACGGGGCCCUCAAGUGCACCUUCUCGGCACCCGGCCACAGCGCCAGCCUCCUGCAGGGUCUGGCUGCCCUUCGUGCGCAGGGCCAGCUGCUGGACGUCGUGCUCACCAUCAACAGAGAGGCCUUCCACGCACACAAGGUGGUCCUGGCUGCCUGCAGCGACUACUUCCGGGCCAUGUUCACGGGUGGCAUGCGCGAGGCGAGCCAGGACGUCAUCGAGCUGAAGGGGGUGUCGGCCCGUGGCCUGCGGCACAUCAUCGACUUCGCCUACAGCGCUGAGGUGACACUGGACCUGGAGUGCGUUCAGGAUGUGCUGGGCGCGGCUGUGUUCCUGCAGAUGCUGCCCGUGGUGGAGCUGUGUGAGGAGUUCCUCAAGGCGGCUAUGAGCGUGGAGACCUGCCUCAACAUCGGCCAGAUGGCCACUGCCUUCAGCCUGGCCUCACUGCGUGAGUCGGUGGAUGCCUUCACCUGCCGCCACUUCCUGCAGAUUGCGGAGGAGGAGGACUUCCUGUGCCUGCCGCUCGAGCGCCUGGUUUUCUUCCUGCAGAGCAACCGGCUGCAGAGCUGUGCUGAGAUCGACCUGUUCCGCGCGGCUGUCCGCUGGCUGCAGCACGACCCGGCCCGGCGGCCACGCGCCAGCCACGUGCUGUGCCAUAUCCGCUUCCCUCUCAUGCAGUCCUCGGAGCUGGUGGACAGUGUGCAGACGCUCGACAUCAUGGUGGAGGACGUGCUGUGCCGCCAGUACCUGCUGGAGGCCUUCAACUACCAGGUGCUGCCCUUCCGGCAGCACGAGAUGCAAUCGCCACGCACCGCCGUGCGCUCUGACGUGCCCUCGCUGCUCACCUUUGGCGGCACGCCCUACACCGACAGCGACCGCUCUGUCAGCAGCAAGGUGUACCAGCUGCCUGAGCCAGGCGCCCGGCACUUCCGCGAGCUCACGGAGAUGGAGGUGGGCUGCAGCCACACGUGUGUGGCCGUGCUGGACAACUUCGUGUAUGUGGCUGGGGGCCAGCACCUGCAGUACCGCAGUGGCGAGGGUGCGGUGGACUCCUGCUACCGCUAUGACCCGCACCUGAACCGCUGGCUGCGGCUGCAGGCUAUGCAGGAGAGCCGCAUCCAGUUCCAGCUGAACGUGCUGUGCGGCAUGGUGUAUGCCACCGGAGGCCGCAACCGCGCUGGCAGCCUGGCUUCCGUGGAGCGCUACUGCCCACGGCGCAACGAGUGGGGCUACGCCUGCUCGCUGAAGCGUCGCACCUGGGGCCAUGCUGGCGCUGCCCUGGGGGGCCGCCUCUACAUCUCGGGGGGCUACGGCAUCUCGGUGGAGGACAAGAAGGCGCUGCACUGCUAUGACCCCGUGGCCGACCAGUGGGAGUUCAAGGCCCCCAUGAGUGAGCCCCGCGUGUUGCAUGCCAUGGUGGGUGCCGGCGGCCGCAUCUAUGCCCUGGGCGGCCGCAUGGACCACGUGGACCGCUGCUUCGACGUGCUGGCCGUGGAGUACUACCUGCCUGAGACGGACCAGUGGACCAGUGUGAUGCCCAUGCGGGCUGGCCAGUCAGAGGCCGGCUGCUGCCUGCUGGAGCGGAAAAUCUACAUUGUCGGUGGCUACAACUGGCGCCUCAACAACGUCACGGGCAUCGUGCAGGUGUACAACACUGAGACAGACGCGUGGGAGCGGGACCUGCACUUCCCCGAGUCCUUCGCGGGCAUUGCCUGCGCCCCUGUCCUGCUGCCCCGGGCCGGGACCAGGAGGUAGCGCCGGCCACCCCCGCCAGGCCGCAGGUCCGGUGGUGCAGGGCCGAUCCCUGCGCUGGCUCGCCGCAGCCUGGCUGGGCCCCCCGGUCCUCUGUCCUGCCCACCCUGACAGUCCCGGCUCCGCUCCUGCAUUCUCCCCAGGUGGCUGCUGAGCCCUGCAGUCCUGUUGCACCGGACUGGGUCUCCCCAUGGGAUCACUGAUGGGCCAUGCCCACUGCCUGCCCUCCCUGCGGGACCGGAGCUCCUCGCCCCUUCCCGUCCCCCGUGUCCCUCUGCUUUGACACGCGCUCACUCCACCGCAUGACGCGCUCAUGGC